GGGAACACACGUAGACCAGCGGCUGGGGUAUCUAAGGGCAACGGUGAAGUGAGUCAGACUGAGAGCAAGGUUUGGACCAGGGGCGGACUGACAACUCAUGGGGCCCCCGGGCAAUAGGGGAUCAUGGGGCCCCUGUGUCCUUGCCCAAGCUCAAAAAAGCCUAUGAAAAAGGUAACGGGCAUCUCAUGGGGCCACCUACUGACCCGGGCCCUCGGGCAGUGCCCGAGUUUCCAAAUGGUCAGUCCCGCCCUGUAUAAGACUGUACUGUACAAAUAUGUGGGCUGC